GAUGAUGAUGAUGAUAAUUUAGAUAAUAAUCAUUGCCUUCCUCUUUUCAUCCUCCUAAUGAAGUUGAACGUAGAAGAGCGUUAUAGAGAUUUUUCAAUAUCGAUGUGAUAUCACUUCUCAAUACGACUCAUCAAUGGUUUAAAGCUGAAGAUGGACAACUUUUUUUUCUUAUUCCGACCCGUCGUGUGGGAUGUAGUGAAACUACUAGGGAAAUAAGUAUUUGUGAUCGUGCUAUAUUAUAAGAAAAUGACGAACCAUUUGUGAUACCACUAGUAAAAAUUGGAGAUUUUGUAAUAAUCCUUUAGUUACUGAUUCUCCUUUUUAUAAGAUUUUAUGCUGGUGCCCCUUUACGAACUGAUGAUGGUAAUACGAUAUGUGUGAUCGAUCGUGAACCUAGGGAUAGUUCUUCAAAAAAGGAUCGUGAAAGUUUAAAAGAAUUUGCUAAAGUUGUCAUGAGAGAAUUAGAAUUAUGAUCUAAUAGUAUUUUACGUUUACGUGUAAGAAGAGACUGAAGAGAGUAUGGCUGAAUUUAGCAAAUUCUGUUUGGAAAUUCAAUUAGCUAAUAAUUUUAAUAACGAUGAAAAUAAGGUAAAUCUACUUUGGUGAUCCUAUUCUUUAACAUGGCAGUUAAAUUAUU